AUACAUACAUACAUAUAUAUAUAUAUAUAUCAUUCAAUUUCCAGCUCCACAUAUAACCAUCAGAACUGAACUAUCUGCUAAAUCGAUCCAUCCAUCGGAUUCAAAUCCCUAAUUCAGACCACAGUCAGUCAGUGAAGAAGCAAUUAGUAAUAAAUAGCAAUAUGGUUAGGGCAGGGUGUGUUGACGAGAGUGGAGUGAAGAGAGGGGCGUGGAGUGAGGAAGAAGACAACAAAUUGAGAGAUUAUGUUCUCAGAUAUGGCCACUGGAACUGGCGAUUGCUCCCCAAAUAUGCUGGGCUGAACCGGUGCGGGAAGAGCUGCAGACUGCGAUGGAUGAAUUAUCUGAAACCAGGCGUGAAGAGAGGCCAAUUCACCAUCGAAGAAGGAGAACUCGUCAGAAGACUUCACCAGGAACUCGGCAACAGGUGGUCAGCCAUUGCAGCAAAGCUCCCGGGAAGAACCGACAACGAGGUGAAGAACUACUGGCACACAAAUUUCAACAAGCACCGCCGCAGCAAGAAAUCAGCUGCCUGCAAAUCUUCAGGAUAUGUCAACGUCAAUGGCAAAAUCAAGCAGCAGGCCGUAGAUGGUGAUCGGAAAUCCUCGUCGUUCCGGCAAGAGAAUAAUAAUAAUAAUAAUAAUAAUUGUCUGAGUUCAUCGGAAACGUCAACGUAUUCCUCCGGCGGCGGCGAUGUGUACGUUUUGGACACGUCAUCGUCGUCGUCAUCGUCGUCGUGCAGCAGCAGCAGCAUUUGGUCAGGCCAUGAUUAUGAAGCGUGGUCGUGUGAUCUGGAUCCGUUGAUCUGGUCUGAGAUGUCGAGCUUCAAUUGGGACAUUGAGGAUUCAAUUGAUUCUGGUGGAUUGGUGGGGAUGUCAUCCUCGUCGUUUUUGGUGGACACUUCUAAUUACAUCCAAGAAUUUGAUUUUUCUUUGUUUGAUGACUCUACUUUCGACAGUCAUAUGCCGGGGGUGUUCGAUGAUGCUAAUGUGAGCUUGUUCAAUUGAUUCAAUGAAU